UCCGACGGCUGCGGGCCUAGGUUUUGGGGCAUGGAGAGGCUGCUUGCGAGAAUAAGGAGGCUUCCAAAGGACGUGAAUCAUGUCGUCGAGCAGUGGAGCUUGCUCUUACAAGACGAGGACUUUCACUGCUCAUCCGGAACUGGGGGAUUGGUCCUGGUGACUGGACUUCCCGAGGACUAUGCGGGCUGCUUUGACGGCUUGACACCCGACCAGAUCGAGAUAGCGACCACAAUGUCCACGGGCCUCAACGUUGGCUACGGGAUCAUCAAGUGCGACGACGACACACAGGCUCGCAAAACCAUUACUCAGCUUGAUGGGUCGACCGUGGAGGGCAAGCAGAUCCGUGCCGGAUGGCUGUGCCAGGCAAAUCCCCCGGAGCCUGGAGAAAAGAAAGAAGAAGAACUUGAAGAAGAUGGCGAUGAUGGCUUCUCGUUCAGCGUCAAGAGGGAACGCGGCCACUAUCUGCUCGAGUAUGCAGUGCGCUCCGACGGGAGGUUUCGUGCCGCGGCUCGCUACACCUCGAGGCCGUGCAAAGGUGACGAGAAGACAGUGUUUUACGAGACGUAUGUCACUAGGGAGACUGUCCGUGAGUUCCAACGCAUCAUCCUCCAGGGCCAGGAGGACAUGGAUUUCAGCGAGGACAACGAAGCGUGGCCGGCUCCAGGAUACGUGGCGGGCCGAAACCAGCUCAAGUUCUCGAUGGGUGGGAAGAGCACUUGCCUGGCCUGCGAGGGUGGACAUGGCGGGACGGCAUUCAUGAGGCAGAGAGGGAUGCACCGGCUGGCGUACUUCCAUUACUUGCUCUACGAUCUUGGGAACUUCGCCAAGUUGAUUGUCGAGUUUCACGCUGGACGGCCGCUCAUUGGUGAGCCCGCGGCGUGCCGCUGUGAGAUCGAUGGCUGGCUGGGUUUGCUCUAGAUAUUCACGUCAAAGAUCCAAACUCUUUGUCAAAGGCUAGAGACUUGUUUGUUUGACUUGAAAUGAUGUAUAUUUUACGAAAAUUUUAGGAAAGAGAAUAGAGCAAAA